UUAGUGUUCAAUAUGUGUUGCGGGGGUGGAGGAUGUGGAGGAUGUGGAACCACCAUUGGAAACUGGUUAUAUAUUUUCGAAAAAUUGGCGUCAUUUGUGGCCUUAACAGCAGUGGUUAUGUGCCUAGUAUUGACACUGUGUAUCAUGUUGGGCCUUGGCGUAGGCCUUGGUUACAAUUAUUGCUACGUCGACUUGAAAGUUAUGAAACCGGGUUCAAGUUCGGGUUCAAGGAGAUCAGGCCAAGAGCUUGAUGAAACCAGUUUGGAGACUCAGGACUUCAGGCGAAAUAUGGAGGCAACUGCCCCAUUGCCUCAGAGGACCGUCACCUUGCCCACAAUCAAGGCAACGAUGCAAAUACCCCUUAACGGAGAGAUUGAUCUUGCAGCACUGUUUUCUAAAUUAAGGGGACGAAAUAGAAAUGUCACCUUAGAACUUGUCACGUGAUUCUUUUGAUCAUUUACCAGUAUUCGAUAUGACGCUAUUAUUAUUUUUUUUUGUAGAUUUUCUUUAUUUCUUUUUCUUGUAUUGUUUUUGCUAC